AUCUCUGUUUAAAGCUAAUCAUGCCAUGAUUUUUUAAAAACCAAGCACGAAUGGCGGCGAGACUUCAUUGGAGGAUUCCGUGGAAUUGCUCGCGUCUGACGCGGCUGGAAGUGGGUCGCGGGCUUCCAUUGUCACGGAUUAUGGCACCGUGACAGCUGCUUCCCCCACCACGGCGCAGUGGUGCGAUGAGAGCGAAGCAGCUGCAGAAGUGGCCGAGAGGAGCGAGUCAGAACGGUGCGAAGAGAGUCAGAGAGUAGGCAUUUGUGAUGAGUCGUCCGCAGUGUUGUGUAGCCAUCUUGAAAAGUGUUGCAAUUUAGGACAAUUUCCGCUUCAAUUUACCAACUAUUCACUGUUUCAAUUACCACAAACCCUUUCUCACGCAUUAACGUGUACGUACGUGUCACUGUUGGUCUAACGUGAGUGUUGCUUGCGCGUGAAAAGGGAUCCGAGAAAGUUGUAGAGUAUCUAAUUGGAGUUUGGAGCAGAGGCUGCUGUUUCCGGGGAAAAGGAGGACUUCAGGAGGGAUCAAGGCAUCUAUAGUGCGUCUGGACGAGGGACUGAAGACAGGGUACUGAGACCAGGAGUCGCUGGGUGGAUAGGAGAGCCGCAACCCAAUUAUUCGAAAGAGUGUUGUUUUGUGUUGGGAAGUUCUUUGUUUCCAUCGCUGCGUCCCGACCAUCUGCCCGUGGAGGCUUUUCCUCAGCUCGCGACCAAGGGAGUGCGCCACCGGGGCCGAGUGUCUGUGAUCCAGGAGCAGGAGGAGGAGGCUGAGGCGUGAGAUUGGGCAGGAUUCGUGGGGGCGAGCAUUCCCUGGGCCGAGGCAGAGGAGAAGGCGAAAGGAGAAACCAUUGGAGUCGCCACAUCAGCCAACAACUACAAAGAGACCAAAAAGAGCCACUCGGGCGAGAGCGAGACAGUCGCCGAGUGUCGUGUGAUAGAGCGAGAGGCAUCCACGGCAACCAGUGUGAGAUUAAAUGGUGCUGAGGCAAAGUAGGCGAGGCAGAGAAAAUCACAAAAAAGUGUGUGAAGAGGACAAAGACAAGAGCCAAGAUGAGAGUUGAAGUGCAUUCGGCUGCCCAAUUCCUCAUGAAUUUGCUACGGGUGAAGCAGAGCAAUCCACUGCCGGAGACUCAGUUGGAGAGCUUCAAGGGGUCUCUUGAGGAUCUGCUGCUGGUGCGAUACCGCAGCCACUGGUAUCCCGAGGUUCCGACGAAGGGCAGUGGCUUCCGGUGCAUACGGAUCAAUGGGAAGAUGGACCCCAUCAUCGAGCAGGCCGCCCUGGCCGUGGGCCUCCAUCCGCGCAUGCUGAAGACAAUGCUGCCGCAGGAGUUGACUAUGUGGAUCGAUCCGGACGGCGUGAGCUAUCGGAUCGGGGAGAAUGGCUCCAUCUGCGUGCUGUACGAGGCCGCCCUCGAUGCCAGGUCCAGUCCCUCGUCCGACCUGUCCAUGUCCAGUGAUGAGUUUAGCAUGGAGAGACGACGCGAGUGGUCCCAUAUGACCGUGCUGGGGUAUCUGGAUGAGCCCUACUCGCGGUCGCCGCGCAGCCAGAAUAGCAGCUUUAGCUCGGGCACGGGCUCCAACAGUCCACCGCUGAGCCCCAUCCUGGCCCCACCAAACGUCAAUCGAUACUCGCACAUUCAGCGUCAUCAGCAUCAGCAGAUGCAUCGAACCGCAGCCAAUCGUUCGUACCUCAAUCACUGGGAUGGAGGAAUCAAUAACUACAAUGAUCAACUGAUUUCAAUACGUCGAUAAUUGAUGCAAAUUACAUUAUAUGAUGACCCACCGUCCAGCGUAAACAAGUGAAAAUGAUGAAAAGACACAAAUAUUAUUGUGAGAACGAGAGAUAAAUCAUCAUUGAUCCCAUUGCAUUAAGAUUUAAGAGAAUGAUGAUAGAUGUUUUUGCUAUAAGUUAAGCGAUGAGAAUGAGGGAAUGGAAAAAAGUGCGAUUGUAAUGAAUAUAUUUCUAUUUUCUAAGUGAGGAGAAGGAAAAAAAAUGAGAGGGGGAGACAAACUACCAUCAUACAAUUGAAAGUGAAUAAUUGCGAAUUGUGCAGAGAAGAAGAAGAGAGAGAACACACAUUCUAAAAUAUGUAUUUGAUAUAAAAUGUUAAUUUGUAUGACGUCUUUUUGCAUUAAGAUGUGCAUUGGAGACUGUUAUGUGUUGCACCAGGCGCAAAAUAUAUUAUUUUGUAGAGCGAGAGUUGAGGAUUAAGGCCAGGAGGGUAAAUGAAUCUGUGUAUAUUAAGAGAUAUGAGUCCAAAUUUAACUAAAAACUCCUUUAGCAUAGACCUGAUAAUAAAUUUGUAUAGAAUCGAAUCUUUAUAUUUUUUUUCUUCAGUCACGCAUUUAUUUUAUUGAUAUUUUCUGUUCGUCGAUAGAUUUAUACAUACAUAUACCUGAAAAGUACACUUAAAAGCCAGGCACAAAUGUUUAAUUUGUAAGAAAAGAAGAGGGUACAAAAAUUCUUUAAGUCACGAGGAAAUGAUACACUUGAUCAAAUUGUUAUUGGUAUUCAAUAUCGAGGGUGGGAAGGCGUUGAGGUGAAUGAAUAAUUGAUUCAAUAUUUUCCAACACUCAUUCUACUAUUCUAUUGAUAAGAUUGAUCUCAAGUUCUUUUUUUUAUAAUGGAUUCUCUACAAUUUGUAUCCGUGAGAAGCAGAAUGAGCACGAACGCGUUUGAGUGGAAAAACAUUCUGACGAAACUCAUGUGAGCUUUUACAGAUACUUCCCGGUUUUACGCUGCGGAGUGUGUUUAAGAGCAGAAUGUGUUUCACGAUGGAAAUAGCUACUUUUCCCACUCAAUGGCUUUUGCCCUUUCUGUCAGUGAAUAUUUUUCUACGUAAAAUGACUACAUAUAUAUAUAUAUAGUUUACAAUGCAAUUUUCACCGAGACAAAAUUAUUUGCUGAAAUUCUCUGUGAUUUAUUUACCUUUCUAUCUCCACCACUAAAGCAUAUCGCAGGAGAAAUUCGUUGCAGAAUUUCUCUCAAGACCUGCAACGUGAUGGAGAGAGAAAUGAUAAAAUUGUGAUAGUCCCAAUAAUGUUUUAAUCAAUGUGUAUCUCAGCAAAUUCACGUUUAGUCGCUAACAGAAUAAUAAAAAGCUUUCACUUUUUCACUCCUACCCUGUGACACAAUCCAUAAUUUACAUUAAAUUUCGUUUCUUAAUUAUAUCUUUCUUUCCUUACGUAGUGGAACUCAGAUACCUGACAGAAUGUCCUUUGAUUGUAUGAGGAAAAGGGAGGUGGAUUUUAGCGAAGGGGCGGCUGUGUGUGGUUUUGUGCUUGUUUUACGCCCCUGGGAAGAACAUCUCCUGGUUAGCAACAAAGUUCCUAAAAUUUUUCUUUAGAGAACUGACUUUUCUUUAGAAGAAGAAGAACCUUGAUAAUUUUUUUUUCUACAAAAACAAACGAACCCACAAAAGACGGAAAUCAGCAUGUACGUCAGUGCUUGUAAAACAGAGAUAUAAUAUUAUAUUACAUGUAUAAAUGAAAUAAAAGAAAACCGAAUUAGGAAUGAUACGAAGACCUACAAAAAUUCAGUGUUUAUUGCACAAGUUCUAGUGAAGAAAAGAGAAUAGAGUGACGAAUAUUCGCUUUACCUGCCAUUUUAACCUGUAAUUUGUGAGAAGUGAGGAAAAAAUUGUAACAAACAAGUGUGUUAACAAUACAACAAACAAGAUUUUAAGAGAAAUGAGAGAAUAUGUAAAACGCUUUUUCUAGUUUAUAUGAACAUAAUAGAAAUUAUUUUACAAAAGAGGAUAAAAUUAGAAUUUUUCUAAUGGAACAACAAUAAGAGAAGAUUAAACAAACAAUUACUAGGAAGUUUAGUGGAAACGGAAUGUGAUAAUAUCAAAUUUUUAUUGAUUAUGAAAUUAUAUUGAUAAAUUAUAGGUUUUUUCGAGGUGACAAAUUGAAUUAUUGAUGAGGACAAAACUUUAUAAAUUGACGAAAAUUAUCAGGAUUAUUACAAAAAGAAAAAAAAUACCCAUUCCUAAUCUUAUGAUGAGAAAACACUGAGAAAUCUUUUACAAUUUUUACUAAAAUAACGCAACACACUGUCAAAUUUGAGAAAUAUUUGAGCUUAACUCACAAAAAAUCAUUCAGAAAAAUAAUAGACAAGAAGUCAUUUUCAUUUGCUUCACUGUUCAGAAAUCAUUAACGAAUAUCUGAUAAUUGAAUUUUUUUUGUAGGUAAUAAAAAUAAAAUACUAUCACAUUCGCAACAUGAGAAAAUAGCGGAGAGACACAUAAACUACUUAAGAAGAAUCCCAAAGCGAAAAAAACACAUGAGAACCUUAACGUUUUAAACAUAAGAUGUUACAAAAAGAAUGUACAAAAGGAUGCUGUAAACGAAUAUGAGGAGGAGAGGUGAAACACCACUGUGAUCUUUUAUUUUUUUUGCUUUUGGAUGUAGGGCGAAAAUUGUGAGAAAGACGAAGAGAAACUAAAGUGGAACGAGGAAGGACUUAAAAUUUGAUAGUUUCAUCUGUGAGAGAAAAACACAAAGGAGAAAAAAGUAGUAUUUUGACAUGAAAAGAACUGAUCAAAGACUUGUGUAAUCUUUUUUUUUAUUUCUUUUUAUUUAUAUACGUAAUGUAAUAUUAAAAGAAGAUACCCACUAAAAAAAAGAUGAAAGGAUAUUUUAUAUUGAAUAUGUAUUUUGGAGGAAAUGUGGAAGGAAAAGAAAAUUAUUCAUUACAUGAGAAAAGGCAUGAAGAAGCGUGGAAUUAGAUGGAUUGCAAAGGAAGUGAGGAUAAAUCAUAAAUGCUGAAAUGACUCUUACAAAAAGAUAAAAAAAAAACAAGGACUAAGGAUUUAUAUUGACGUGGCUAA